AUGUUCCGUCUGCAACGCCAGGUGCUGGAGACAAGCAGCCUGGGGAGCUUCAGGGGGUAUCUGGAGGUGUUCCUGGGGGAGGCGCUGCUCCCCAACCUGGUGUGGAGAGCCGGCCGCACCGCCGCCGCCGUCCGCACCUCGGCCCUCAGCUGCCUGCUGGCCCUGCUGCAGGGGGGGGGCCGUCACCCCCACACAGGCCCCUGCUCCUGUCUGGCCUGGAGGAGGACUCCCCGUUGGCCCGGGGCCUGGCCUGCCGCGCCCCUCUCCACCCUGCUGGCCCUGCUGGGACCCAGCCUGCACCCCGACGCCCUCCACAAGGUCUACCCCGAGCUGCUGAAGCGUCUGGACGACAGCAGUGUGGAGGUGCGCGCCGUGGCUCUCCAAGCCCUGGGCGUGUGGCUGUCCUGCCUGGGCAAGGACUACAACUCCCAGCUCUGUAGUCCUCACCUGGAGUUCCUGUUCCAGCAGCUGCUGCUGCACCUGGACGACCCCGAGAGCCGCGUGCAGGACGCCGUGCUGGAGGUGCUGAAGGCAGGCAGCUCCGUGCACCCAGCUCUGCUGAAGCAGGAAGUGGAGGCCGUGAGGGACAAACAGCGCAGCCCCGCCUACUGCGACCAGCUCCUCCAGCACAUCCAGUCUCUACCCAGGGACGAGGCAUAGUCGCCGGGGCGUCGACCUGGACUCGCACGCACGCGUGUUCAGACACAUACAUUCAGAUUGGAUUCAGUUCAAUUCACACACACACAUAUUUUGAUACACACACACACACAAGUGCGUUCUUUGACAGGCACUCGGUCACACGAACGACCGCGACGACACAACGUGUCACAGCGUGCUUUGAGAGACGUUGGAAACAUUCACUGUCCAGUCGUCGGACGACCGUGUCAGAACGAUCCAGUCGUUGGACGACCGUGUCAGAACGAUCCAGUCGUUGCUUUUCCUGGGUUUGGAUCGGUUCAUCACCCAAGUUCUUGCUCUGCGCGUGUUCGAACCCCGUGCGUCAUUUUAGCGGGAUUGUUUUGCAGGAUCCUGAAUUCAAUUAAUUGUGUUCUGUGCCUUGGUUUUAUCCUCUGUAUGUUUUUGGUCAAGAAAUCUUUUUGCUAAAAAAAAAAAUAUAUA